GCCCGGUCCCCGGAGGAGGGCGCAUGCGUGAGAGGUGUUGCGCCGUCGCGCUCAGAGGAUGUUUGGCGCGCUGCCUGCGUGCUCCUGCAGUGUGUGCGUGCUGGCGCAAAGCGCGGCCUUCCGCUCGGUGCUCGUCCUCAUCAACAACAACAACAACCGGACAAAGUGUUUCCCGGCUCCCGGUGCGCUGACACACCCAGAGGGACACACUCACCCCGGGCCUCUGUGACGAUGGCGGAGACAGUGAAGUACGUGGACGACGAACAUAAGAGCAUCUUCCUGAAGCUGCUGAAUGAGCAGCGACUGGAGGGCGAACACUGCGACAUCGCUGUGGUGGUUGAAGAUGUGAAGUUUCGCGCUCACCGCUGCGUACUCGCCGCCUGCUCUAACUACUUCAAAAAACUGUUUAAAAAACACGAGGUGGACAACUCGUCUGUGAUUGAGAUCGACUUUAUCCGCUCUGAUAUCUUUGAGGAGGUGUUGAACUACAUGUACACCGCAAAGAUCUCCGUCAAGAAGAGAGACGUUAACCUCAUGAUGUCAUCAGGACAGAUCCUCGGCAUCCGCUUCCUCGACAAACUCUGCUCUCAGAAACGAGACGUGUCAUCAGAGGACAAAGAGAAGUUUCCCUACGACAUCGUAAAAAUGGCGCUGCCGCCUGAAGCUCAGUUGGCUGCUGAGUCUGAGGUGCUCGGGGAGCACGAUGACACGCCCACCACCGAUGACCUCGUCGAGGCGUCAGCCAAUCAGGAGCUAGAUAAGUCUCCCAGUGCAGCACUGCGUGUCCAGGAAGCAAUCCUGAAAGAACUGACCAAUGAAGACGUGCACAAGGUGACCUGCUAUGACCAGGAUGUGGUAACGGAGAUGGAGGCAGAGCCCAAGGAGCUGGGGGCCGAGCAUCACGCCACCCAGACGCUGACGUUUGCCGACAGUAUGGGGGAGGUGAAGGACGAGCAAACGCCUGGUUGGUCAACAGCGACAACUGACAUGAAGUUUGAAUACCUGCUUUACGGACACCGAGAACAACUCGCCUGUCAGGUGUGUGGGAAGACCUUCCUGGAUGAGAGCAGACUCAGGAAACACGAAAAGCUUCAUUCAGCAGAGCGUCCGUUUGCCUGUGAGAUCUGCACCAAAGCUUUCACCACACACGCUCACCUGAAAGAACACCUGAAGAUCCACACGGGCUUUAAACCUUACAGGUGUGAUGUUUGUGGGAAAUCGUUCAUUCGAGCUCCUGACCUGAAAAAACACGAACGAGUUCACAGCAACGAGAGACCGUUUGCCUGCCAGAUGUGUGACAAGGCGUUUAAACACAAGUCUCACCUGAAGGAUCACGAGAGGAGACACAGGGGAGAGAAACCGUUCGUCUGUCCAUCCUGCACCAAGGCCUUUGCCAAGGCGUCAGAUCUGAAGCGUCAUGAAAACAACAUGCACAGUGAGAGGAAACAGCUGAAUCCACUGCAGAGCGACACGGAAACACUGCAGGCCGCUGCCAUGGCUGCAGAAGAGCAACAUCUUGACAACAUCAGCUGCUCUUAACAUCUGGACAUCGUCAGCUGCUCCUAACAGGAGGAGCGACAUCAGCUGCUUCUAACAUCUGGACAAAAUCACCUGCUCUUAACGGGAGCAACAUCUGUACAACAUCAGCUGCUUUUAACAUCUGGGCAACAUCAGAUGUUCUUAACAGGUGGAGCAACGUCAGUUCCUUCUAACAUCUGGGCAACAUCAGCAGCUUCUAACAUCUGGGCAACACCAGAUGUUCCUAACAGGCGGAGCAACAUCAGCUCCUUCUAACAUCUGGACAACAUCAGCUGCUUCUAACAUCUGGGCAACACCAGUUGUUCCUAACAGGUGGAGCAACGUCAGUUCCUUCUAACAUCUGGACAAAUUCAGCUGCUCCUAAUCAUUAUCACUGUAUUAAUGAGAAUAUUUUCACUGUAUCUAUUGAUUUAUUUUUAAUGCAGACUAAUGAAGAUCUGUUUGUGUAGAAGUAGUUUUUCCUCCUCUGCAUCAGUGACCAUGAACUGAUGACCUCAACGAUCAUGUGAUGAACAUGUUAAACAUGGCAGAUGGUCUGUGACCUCCUCCUGCUCCUCUGGUUUCAUGUAUGAUCUGAAAUUUUUUUGUCUCUUUGUAAAUGUACGGGAAUUGUUUUUCAGUUUGAACCAAACUCUGUACAGAAAACAGUGGAUUUUGAAGGUGUUGGUUUGUGUUGCUGUAUAUAAACCCGUUGCUCUGUUCAGUUUAAUGAGCAGAGCUGCUGUGUUUUAAACCACGGCUGUUUUCAUUAUAUUUCAUCACUGUCACUAAACUACAGGAGCCCCCAGUGGACACAUUAACUCUCAGGGCUCAGUUUACAUGGUGCCGCUUUGACAGUAAAAUGAACCAUUUUAAUUAAAAUCUCUUCAACCGGGA